ACCGCAGCCUCGACCUGCUGGGCUUCGGCUGCGGCCCAGGCGGCGCCGCAGCAGCCCGAGGAGGGCCCCGGCGCGGGCCCCGGCGCGUGCAGCCUGCACCUGAGCGAGCGCGCCGACUGGCAGUACUCGCAGCGCGAGCUGGACGCCGUCGAGGUCUUCUUCUCGCGCACCGCCCGGGACAACCGGCUCGGCUGCAUGUUCGUGCGCUGCGCGCCCUCCAGCCGCUACACGCUGCUCUUCUCGCACGGCAACGCCGUGGACCUGGGCCAGAUGUGCAGCUUCUACAUCGGCCUCGGCUCCCGCAUCAACUGCAACAUCUUCUCCUACGACUACUCGGGCUACGGCGUCAGCUCGGGCAAGCCCUCCGAGAAGAACCUCUACGCCGACAUCGACGCCGCGUGGCAGGCGCUGCGCACCCGAUACGGCGUAAGUCCUGAGAACAUCAUCCUCUAUGGGCAGAGCAUUGGGACUGUCCCUACAGUGGACCUGGCCUCGCGCUAUGAGUGUGCAGCGGUAAUUCUCCAUUCCCCUCUGAUGUCUGGUUUGCGCGUGGCUUUUCCAGAUACCAGGAAAACAUACUGCUUUGAUGCUUUUCCCAGCAUUGACAAGAUAUCUAAAGUCACCUCUCCUGUGUUGGUCAUUCACGGUACAGAGGAUGAGGUCAUCGAUUUCUCCCAUGGCCUGGCAAUGUAUGAGCGCUGUCCCCGAGCUGUGGAGCCCCUCUGGGUUGAAGGGGCUGGGCAUAAUGACAUAGAGCUUUAUGCACAAUACCUAGAAAGACUAAAACAGUUCAUAUCUCACGAACUGCCUAACUCCUGAAGACGACCACUUGAUUUUACCUCAUUUACUGUGAACAGAAGAGUCCUCUGUUUUGCACACGCUUUAACUGGAUAGCUGUAAUGGCUUGAUACCAUGAAGAAGUGCCCAACCUUUAGGGUGUUCUAAUCAAAGAGCUGAUGAAAUCUCAGUCUUUUGUAUCUAGAGGUUGUUCUACUAAUUCACACAUGUUAAACUGAACAGUCAUGACUUCCAGCUUCAUUGCCUGGCAGGAAUGGGAAUGAGAGCUGAACGUAGGAUGGUUUUCUAGUGUAAAGUAGGCUCAUAUCUGCUUUUCACCCUUCCCCACCAUUUCUGACCUGUUUACGCGGGACUCAACCCUGUCUCCACCAUGUUCUCAGUAUUUGACGUGCAGCUCUCUUUCAACCACUGGAUUCAUGGGUUCAAUCCAUUUGUGAAGCUGUGAUAGUGUAACUGGAAAACUCUUGUGGUGAAAAUUCCUUUAUUAAUUUUUGUUAACAUGCUGAUCUUUCCCCAAACAAAUGAACUAAAGGGUAAUUUACUGGAACUGUCCUGAACAGCUUCAUCACCUGUCACCAUAUAAAUACAACUGGAAUAUUCUUAAACAAAAGGAAACUAGGGGGUUUUUUAAGUGUAAAUUUAUUACUAGCCAACAGAGUUUUAAUAUUUUGAUUGUCUGGUUGGUUUAACAAAGAGCCUAGCCGACUUUCCUUCUGUAAAGUCCUCCUUGUAGGCUUUUUUAAAAGUACUGUACAUAUUUGCAAUCACAUUGUGCAUAGAUUCCUAUUGGGUAGUUUUUCUUUUUGUCAGGCCACAGCAACGA